AUGAAUAUCACAAUACGUAAAAAAAGGACUGAUGAAACACUUGAAAGUAACGAUAUGAUUGCUUUUGACUCAGAAUCUCCAAACAGCUCACCAAAAACUGACCAGACACUAUUACCUACAGAAAAAUUGUUAGCAAAACCACUAUCCAUGGAAUUUCCUGUUGAAUCAUUAAACAAUAGUUUCCAAUCCUUAGAAGAUUUAUCACACCGUUUAGAAUUAGUAAAUAAACUUGAUAUUGUGAGCAAACAAAAUAUGAAAAUAGAUGACUUACAAAUCCAAUUAAAGAUUUGCAAGUCAGAAUUAGACGGUACAAUUUUGGAAAAUAAUUUGUUUUGGAGCUACUUAUUAUGA